AUGAUGCUAAUGAUGGCAGGCUUAUCGGAACCAGCUCCUCUAACAACAUCAACACUUCAGGCCAUCGAUUAUGUUGAUGACUUAAAAAGUGAAGAAAAUCCAAAUUUUGUUCAACUUCUGCCAUUGAGAGAACCAGUUGAAACGAGGAUUCAGUUAUCACCAUCUGAUGACUUAGGGGAUCUCCUCCAGCGGUCAACUGACACGCCUUCGACUUCUUCCAGCCGAGAUGUAGAUAAUAUCUACAACAACGGCUCCAGACAAGAGAAGAGUCUCGGUCUUUUGACAACAAAGUUUGUAACUUUGCUUCAGGAAUCGCAAAAUGGUGUGCUCGAUUUGAAACUUGCUGCAGAUAUUCUUGAGGUACGCCAGAAACGUCGUAUCUAUGACAUCACCAAUGUCCUUGAGGGUAUUGGUUUAAUCGAGAAAAAGUCUAAAAAUUCUAUACAGUGGCUUGGCGGUGGGCCAGGUUGUAAUACUCACGAAGUAACUGAAAAGCUGGUGUCUUUGAAAGAAGAGAUUGUUCAACAGGACGCCAGUGAAAUUAAACUUGAUAAGCAGCUCACCUGGGCACGUCAAUCGAUGGUCAACAUAAUCGACGAUCCAACCAAUAAGAAAUUCUCCUACAUAUGCCAUCGAGAUAUGUGCCAGAAACAAGUCAACGGCGGUGAUAAACAAACGAUCAUCAUUAAGGCACCUAUCGGCACAACAAUGAACGUGGAAACUGUCAACAAUGUUGACCUAUUGGAAGAAGUGUAUCUGGAGGAUGACGGCAUCAUCCUCGACAAAGCACUGAGCAAUGGCGUCAUGAAAGACAGUUCAGAUCACGUCAUUCGAUUAACGCCUACGACGCCGUUAUAUGAGACCACUCGGACCAAGGCUCGUAUUCGGACGAUGCGAUCUAACGGUCGCUGCAAUAAUAUCCACAUAAAGUCAAAUAAUGGUCCGGCCAACGUUUUUCUAUUGAAUCAGUGCUCCGAGGUAGUUUCAGAUGAAACUGGCCAUCCUAGUUAUAAGCGCGCAAAAUUGGAUCGAAUUCAAAAGCUGAUUGAAGAUCAACGCUUUGAGCAGGAAAAUAAGGUCAAAGAGGAUGAAGAGGCAAUGGAGCAGUCGUCUUGUGAAGCGACCAGGAUACCGUCAUCAGAGUCUGUGAUCACAUAUGCAGAGUCCGAGGAGACAAAACCAGACAUAGAGGAGCUAGAGAGUUCGCUACAAAGGGACACUGAAGAACAGCAGUCGACUGGUGGACCCAAACGAAAGGUAGGAACUCGAAAAGUGCGAGAAGCUAUCUCUCUAGUGCCCUCACGUCAUCUUUCUCCUCGUCGUGCGGCCCAGCAUCACCUCUUUGUACCGACAAUUCGCUCAAAAGUUGACCAGCAAACAUCAUCACAAGACUCUGUAUUAUCGCUUAGAGGAGGAUCAAAGAGAAAAGGCAGCGACGAUUCAUUGUCUAUGCCACCAGCUGAAGAGAUGGUGGAUCACCAGUCACCGUCACCACCUGUCCCACCUGUUGAAGCGACCUCGCCAAAUGUGACAGUAAAGGAGGAAAUUUUUGAUGACAAUAGUCAGAACACUACUGAUACUACUGAAAAGAACGAUAAAGAAAAGAUUUCAAACAGCAGCUCCAACAAGAAAAAGGGAAAGAGUAAAAAGAAAGGACGUACUGGAGAUGCUGCAGAGCAAUCUCAGCCCUCUACAGUAGCACCCGUUUCUGAAUCCUCGCAAUCGAGUCAGGAUUCAGGAUCCACCGGCGAUGGUGCACAGCUGAACGCAGCCACUAGCCGGACGCCACUUUCGCAAGUGCAAGUCAGGCUAGACAUUGAUGACAUCAUUCUUCCCGACAUCUACUUGCCAUUCCUACGUUUUUCCCCGCCUCCCUCCAUGCAGGACUAUCACUUUAACCUUGCUGAAGAUGAAGGCAUAUUUGACUUGUUUCUUUGA